GAGUGACGCGAAGCGCCUGAGUUCAGACCCCGCCCCUUUUUUUCGCCUACUACCGUAGGAGGCGGGCUUCCGAAGAUCAGCAUCGAGUGUGGCGGCUCAGAGUGAGGGCAAUGAGCCGAAGCAGUAUUUCCCCCUCUUCCCCAAAUCAACAUGGGGCGCCAGUGGGAAUGAAUUAAACACUGAGUGGGUGCAAGAAGAUGAUGAUGCCGUUAUACCGAGUGGCAACCGAAUCGUGCCCGUAUAAGAUGUAUUCCAUUAGAACUUAAAAAUGGAGCUGGGGAAAGGAAAAUUGCUGAGAACUGGCCUCAAUGCCUUAUACCAGGCCAUACAUCCUGUGCAUGGGAUUGCCUGGACAGAUGGAAAGCAAGUUAUACUGACUUCAUUCUGUCUACAAAACGGAGAACCUAAAUUUGGCAACUCAAAUGUUGUUGGUCAGUUUGAACAUGUUCAUGGACUUUACUGGGGUCCAUCUUGUGCUCCAGAUCUUCCUGCUCUCCUUGCUAUUCAGCAUAAAAAACACAUCACCAUGUGGCAACUAUGUUACAGCAUUUCUGAAAGAAACAAACUGAUGGUUUAUCAAAUCAGUGAAAUUGGUGAGCUGUUUCCUAUACUUCCUCAGGGUUGUGUGUGGCAUCCGAAAAAAGAAAUCUUGGCUGUGCUUACUACGCGGGACACUUCUGUCUUGCACUCAGUUCGGAUCAACAACUCCAGAAUAAAAGCCGAUAUUAAAGGCACUGGUCUUAUCCAUUGUGCUUGUUGGACUGAGCAAGGCAACCGCUUGGUGGUUGGGAUAGGCAGUGCCCUCCAUUCCUAUAUUUGGGAUGAUGAUCAGAAAACUUUAAAUGCAUGCUCUUUUUGCCCAGUAUUUGAUGUGGGAGGCUACAUCUGUGCAAUUGAAGCAACGCUGAGUUGUCAAGUGGCUGUUGCUACUGAGCUUCCACUAGAUAAGAUAUGUAGCUUAAAUGCAGGCAUUUCAUUUGAAAUGCCACCUGAGGUUGUUGGAAACUCUGUUCCCUCACAAACUUCCUCAUCAGGGUGCAAAGAAGACCUCUCUAUGGACAACGGGAAAAAGUUAACAGACCAAGAAAAAUCUAGUACUGUUGUAACAUCUACAUCUACAGCUGUGGAUCUAACCCAUCUCACUUCAAGCAAACAACAAUCUGAUAACAGUUCUCUAAUUCAUCUAAGAACUAAGGAUUACCUAACAGGGAGUGGCCAAGAUGCUUCACACCUGAUCUUGGUGACUUUUGAAAGAAAAGUGACGGCUACCAAAAAAGUCUGUAUCCCAGGAAUUCUGGUCCCGGACAUAAUGACUUUUGACUCUAAAACUCAGGCUGUGGCAGUAGCAUCCAACACUUGUAAUAUAAUUUUAGUGUACUCUCUAACUUCUUCUCAUUUGCCUAACAUUCAACAGAUUCAACUGGAAAAAUGUGAGAGGCCCAAAGGAUUGUGUUUCCUGACAGAUAAACUAUUACUGAUAUUGGUUGGAAAACAGAAAUUAACAGACCCUGCUUUUCUUCCAUCUUCACGCUCAGACAAAUACAUUCUCCGUUUGAUGAUCAACGAAAUUGUUUGCAAAGAAGGUUCCUCUGUACUUUCAGGUGCCACCCAGGUUUGCUUUACAAACAUGCCUGUGAAAAGAGAGGCCAUCGAAAUUCAUUCUUCAGACACGCACCCUCUGAGUGAUGGAUUGCUGCUCCCAGGGUGCACAAUUAUUAAGUCUCCUAGAAACAGAAGAAAACUCAUAGAAGAAAUUAAGAGCGCUGCUAAUGAGCAAAGCCUGUUGGCCAGUGUGGUAGACUUCCAAGAGAAAAACAUUUCCAGGGAUUUCCCUCAAGCCCUGGGGAAUUUGGAUGUUGAACCAACAAAUCGUUCACUGGUUCUUCAAGGACUUGAAACGUCUUUGGGAUUGUCUAACAUACCAAUUUCACCGAACAAGCAAGUGCAUAGUUCUUCUGAAACUUCAUAUUCCUCAAAAACAAACUUAUUGAGAAAUGAAGAAGCCUGUUACACCUCUAAAAAUCUGGAAAGACUGUGCAGUAGGUUUACAGAACUGCAGCAUCAGCUUUUUGAAAUAACUGAGCUUUUGAAAUCAGGGAAAAAACCUUUGCCAGGAUACCCAUCUUCUCGUGAACCCUCUUUUGUUAACAUAAUUUACCAGAAGGAUUGUUCUGGAACUGUUACUCCUGAAAAGCGAGCUGUUAUCCUCUGUGAUGGCAAACUUCGUCUCAGCGUAGUUCAGCAGAUUUUCAACCUGUGUCUUAUUGAAAUGCAACAUGAUUUAUCCUGGAUUGUUCUCACUGCAGACAAUGAAGGUUUUAUUCCAUUAACAUUUGAUGUCCUGCAGGAGAUAGUCAUAAGGGACGCAAGUGUCAACUCUAAUAACAGCAGCACAAAUUCUUCCAAAACACUGGAUGCUGUCAGUUCUACAGCUGGAUAUAGGAAGCUUUCCUCCCAAAGUCUGGAUCUUGAUACCAGUUCUAUGGAAGUACUAGGAGGACAUCUCAGUGUCUAGUAGAGAGCAACAAUUCUUCAGGCCAAACCAGCUGCUCUUCACGACCAAACUAAAGUUGUUCAGCCAGGACAGUUUGUUACCUGUCACUUAAGACUAAAAAUGUUCACUGUCCAUAAUUAAAAGCUGCAUUUUCACUGUAGCUUUUGCUUUAGACUGUAUGAUGUUUCACCAUUCUGUAGAUCUUGCCUUGUCAGUCUGUUUUUCAUAAUUUACAACUCUGCAAGUCCAGGUUGUUUUAGCAAGCAACAGUUUUAAACUAAUGAUACCUAGAAUAGUUUUGUAGUCAGUGUUUGCAUGUUUAUUCAAUCACUUAUUUAUUUAUUUAUAUAUUUAUCGCCCUCACAAAAUAGGGUGGUGUAAAGUAACAACCCUAUGUAUUAAGCUGAGUCAACAAAUCUAUAUUUUUUCAGACUAUCACCAAUCUCUACUUAACACAAGGUUAAAUUUUAUCCAAAGCAUUGGUCUUCAAGGAGUUUUGUCCUUAGAAGUUACUCAGGAGAAAUCUCAGUGGCAUGAACACACUGAAAAAUGUAUUACUUGUGUUUCUAAUGAUUCUAGAAGUAGAAAUCAAAACUUGCUCAUAUUAUGUGUCAUAGGACACAAUCCUACAGCUACAGUUUUGGCAUCAUUCUACUACUGUCUUUAUAUUUUACCAGUGCCUGGAGAUUGCUAUGCACUUGAACAAAUCGCUAUUUAAAUCCACUCACGGAGCUGGUCACUAAUUGAUUGGUACCAUGAGACUAGUAAUUGCAUCUAACCUUAAUGUAUCUCAACUCAGUCUUCCUUCCUUCCUUCAAAGUGUAUAAAAGUAUGCAUGUACGGAAGGUCAACAAUUUUAAAUUAAAAUAAAAGAAAUUUUGUAACAGCUAUAAAGGCUGCUUGCUGGGUAUUCUAAACGGAUAUUACUGUCAUGGUACCCUAGGGCGUGAGGUCCUGAGCUAAUAUUUGGGAACAAUGUGAGACCUCAGACAUAAUGUGGUACUGUUAUCACCACUCAGACAUUCUGGAAAAGGAGACUUUAUUCUUUAGACCAGCAAUUUCCAAACCCCCCCCCCCAAUGAAACACUUGAAAACUGGUGAGUGGCUUGCAGACUACUUAAUGAUUUUUCUGCCUGGGGAGGCAAUUGUAAUUCCAUAGAAUUCAAACUCUUAAUACAAUAUAAGAAAUAA